UCUCACGUAUAUAUGAACAGAUUGCUAAUAGACUGCUACGUAUAUAUGACAGAUUGCUAAAAAUUUACCGUUGAAAAUGGAAAUUUUUUUGGCCAAAGAAAAAGAUCUUAUCACUCUUGAUAAAAAUGAGAAAAAAAAAUCUGAUCACACUCUUGUUAUAAUGUCUCCUUACAUUCAUUUUCAGAAAGCAUCAAAAAAAAUAUAUGCUAUGUGCAAGGAGAUAAAAUUAAAGCAUGAAACUUUUGUGAAUAGACUCGAAAAGACAGUAUUAAUGUUAGAGAACCAUAUGCCUUUUUUCAAAUCUAUUUGUAAUCACACAGAUAUACCUGAAGCUAUUGUAACAUAUAUAAAUUAUUACAGAAUAAACAUACAUAAAUCUAAUCGUAAUAAAACAGAAAAGGUUAAACAAGAAAUUGUUUGGACGUUAAUACUGACACUUUUUAAUUUUUGCACAAGAAAUGACGUACAAUAUUUUUUGGAAACUUACAUCAUCACAAAUUCGUUAGCAGAUAAUAAGCUAUAUGAGAAGUAUAAAAACCUACUUUCACGUCAGAUCUUUGAAAUAAUACUCCUAGCCGAUUCGGAUUUAUAUGCAGUUAUUAAAUAUUUAAAGAUAUCAGAAAGCAUUCGAAACUUAAGUAAAAUAUGGGUACCAGAACCAAUAAAAGGCAAUUUUUUGUCACUUAUGUAUAAAACUUUUGACAAUUUUAUUUAUCUUAUUCAUAUAUUUAAAUCUAAGCAAGAAUUACUUACACCUCCUACAUCUUAUGAAAUAAACAUAACAUCCAUAUGGUCUGAAGAUAUUGUGGCUGCAAAAAAUUUAGCAACAUCCUUAGAUAGAAAUAUUGUCCUCAUAAAUACGCUGGAUAUCUAUGAGACAAUGAUAGUUAUGCCUUAUAUAGAAUUAUUCAAGAUGCCAUUCUGUAAGCUCAAUGUUACUGAAAAACCUUACAUAAUAAACUUGAUAAAGCCAAUAUGUUCGAAAAAAAGGCCUGUGCCCGCAAAUCCGAUUUAUAAUUAUAUGUUUUAUGACGGUACAUGGCAAAAGCCUGUACAAAAUACUUAUUGGUUACAUAAUAACACUAAUAUACUAAGAGCGAGUGCAACAAAAGAUGAUAUGUACAGAUGUUUUGCAUCAGCUAAAAAAGGAUUCAAAAUCUGGAGUGAACUGUCCAUUGAAUCCAGAAUGCAAAUAUUAUCCAAGUUCGCAUCUUUAUUGGAAUACAUUAGUAAACCCGAAUUGUCGCAAAUAGUAUUCAAGUGGAUAAAAUUUCCAUACUGGUAUAAGAAUUCAUUGCAGCCUCAAAGUGGACGAUCCUUGUUGGUAAGAAUCCGUAAGCCGAAAGGUGUCAUCACGCUUAUGGAAAAGAAAGAAAUAAAUCUGUUUCGCAAAUUGACACAGAAUUUAAUAAUCGGCAAUUCCGUCAUCGUGAUAUGUACCGCAAACUCAUGCAAUAUAAUACAAUAUUGCAAUUUGUUUUUAUCAUCUGGGAUACCUCCAGGCGUUGUAAAUAUGUUGACGUACGAGAGCAUACAGCCUUUAAAUGAAUUAUGCUAUGACGCGGUCGAUUUCAAUGAAAUUUAUUAUCAAUUUACCAUAAGUAAGCAAAUUGCAACCAUGAUUUAGAAAUUUUAUUGUAUCCUGUACAGAUGUAUGCAUUGUAGCAACAUUGCAACGUUCCAAUAAUACUGCAGCAAGCUUCUGUGCAAUAUGCAUUGUUAGAAAUGUAACCACGAGCUUCCUUUAUGUAUAAAUGAAGCUCGUGGUUACGAACGAAAUUAAAAGUAAUGAAUGAUUUAAGUUACAAUAGUUACUUAAAUGAACGUUACUUAAAUUUACGAAAUUUAAUGUACUUUUAACAUAAUUUGAUGAAAAGUACAUUAAAUUUCAUAAAUUUUCAUGAAAAAUACAAUAAAUUUUAUGUACACUGUUAGAAGUGUAACCAUGAACUUCCUUUAAAUUAAAGAAACUCG